GGAAAAUUUGUAUAAUCCGUUGGUUUGUUUGUGUUUUUCGUGAAAAUUAGAAUGUCUGAUCAGGAAGAAUUGAUUUCACAGUUUAAGGAUAUCACUGGGGUAUCCGAAGAACAAGCACGCUUUCACCUAGAGGCUGCCAAUUGGACACUACAGAUUGCCCUUACCAGUUACUAUGAGGGUGAUCACGAUAAUGAUGCUGACCCAGUACAGGUGAUUCCGGACAGUGAUGAUGAGAAUGAAGCAGCUGGAGGAUCAUCAAAUCAACAGCCGGAUUCUGUCCAGAAGAAGGAUAAAAAGACCAAGAAAUCAUCAUCAAACAUUAUGACUUUGAGGUCAAUGUCUUCUUCGGAAGAAGACGAAGAACAAGGCCAGGCAUUCUAUGCCGGAGGUUCAGAUCGUUCGGGACAGCAGGUGCUGGGUCCACCAAAACGCAAUCCCAUCAAGGAUUACGUGUCAGAGGUUUUUAGAUCGGCUCAGGAGAGUGGAGCUGAAGUUGUUGAUCCACAGACUUCUCAGUCGAGCGGUCCGGAGAUCUUCUCUGGGACUGGCUAUCGUCUUGGCAUGACAAAUGACGAUCACAUGGCUCUGCCAUCGGGUCGACCGAGUCGUCCACAGAAUAUCGAGCCGCUGGUACUGAAGCUCUGGCGUGAGGGAUUCUCCAUCAAUGAUGGGAAUUUGCGAUUGUAUGAAGAUCCCGCGAACAAAGAGUUCAUGGCUAGUAUGACAAGAGGAGAGAUACCCAAUGAGCUGAAGAAGCUAGGUGGAACGACUGUGCACGUUAAUCUGGAGGAUCAUCGUCAUGAGGAGUUCAAGAAAGCCAAGAAGCGUGUGUCAGUUUUUGGCGGACAGGGACAUACCCUAGGCAGUCCGGCGCCCAAUUUGGCCGAGACUACGGCCCUGCAGAUGGACUCUACCAGUUCAACGAGCGCAGGACCAUCCACCGAGACUUCGCAGGAAGAAAAUGAGAGACGUGCGACUGAGGAGCUUAAUGUCGAUGCCAGUCAGCCGACAACGAUGAUUCAAGUUCGUUUGGCUGAUGGCACUCGCCUGGCCACGAGAUUCAAUCACAGCAACACCGUGGCAGAUAUCAGGCGGUACAUUAUCACGGCUAGGCCUCAGUAUGCCCAUCAGGAGUUUAAUCUCGUCACCACAUUCCCCAGCAAGGAGCUCAGUGAUUCGUCCACGACAAUCGAGGCGGCUGGGCUUCAGGGAGCGGCAAUUCUGCAACGUCUCAAGUAGGCUUCGAAGAUGAUUUUUCCGUUUUUUUCAUAUUGCAAUCACUAAUAUUGUAUAAUUCAGUGAGAAUAAAUUAAAAAAAAUAUGAGAAAACAA